AUGCCGUGUCUUCUCGAUCUUCCCCCCGAAUUGAUAUUAGGGAUCCCUAAAUAUCUCGAAUAUGAAAGCGACCUCAAUGGAUUCUCCCGAGUGAAUCGCUUCUUUUAUGAUUUGGUGAAUCCCCAGCUGUAUCGUCGGGUUCUCCAAGUUACUCGAUUCGGGGUCCACUCAGCACUCGACUGGGCCGCAGAGAAUGGAAAAGAAGCCUGCGUCCGUAGGCUAUUGGAAGCUGGUGUGCCGCCGGAUUCAGGCGUACAGCCAUGGAAGCCGAUCAUGUUAGCUGCGCAAAACGGACAUGCGAAUGUGGUCAAAAUGUUCAUUGAUUUCGGCGUCGACCCGAACCUACAAGCCGGUUUCAACAGAGAGACUCCUCUCUGGUAUGGCAAUCCGUUGACUGCGGCGGCGGAAAAUGGCCACGAAGAGGUCGUCAGACUGCUCGCCGAUCAUGGUGUGGAUCUUGAGUUUACCGACAUAUACCGACACCCUAUCAUCAACCACGAAGAAAUCAAAGUCGAGCAGCCUAUUUGUUUGGCUACUAUGAACAAGCAUAUACCGGUUAUCAAGCUUCUUCUUGAGAAGGGGUGCAAUCCUCAUGAAUAUGGCUCUCAAGGGAACACUGCGGUUUCCCUCGCCGCUUCCCUGGAUCUUGACAUUUUGAAAAUGUUCAUUGAGGCGAAGCCAGAUCUCAAAUUAAGCGAAUAUGACCCGAAUCCACUUGAGAAUGCUGUUGAGCGUGGCAAUAUAGCUGCAGCUAAGUUCCUUCUCAAAGAAGAGCCGGGUCUCCUGCCGUCAGGGCUGGGGGCAUUCCAACUGUUUCAAUUUGCAGCACUCCACUCUCCUGAAUUCGCCAGGCUCAUCCUGAAACAGCUUGACCUGGAGGAAGCAAUUCAAAAGAGAGAUAGGGGAGAGUGUCGGCAUCUCGUGAUCGGGGCAGCAUCGGCUGGCUUAGAAGACGUGAUGAAACGCCUCAAAGAAACUGGCUGUCUUUCCCAACGAAGUGCGGACCACGAACUUAACGCUCCUCUAUGCUCAGCAAUUCAAAAAGGUCAAGUCGGCAUGGUGAAGUUGUUGCUAGAUUACCAAGCAGAUCCAAAUAGCCGGCGAAAUCAUCCGUUGGAGGUAGUCAUGGAAUGCCCAGCGCCUCACAGUGAGGAGCUCACCGAAAUCACAAAGUUACUGCUUCAGAGAGGCUCUGUGCCGCCUGAUGAUUUGGAUCGCUCUUUCAAUUACGAUGCGUUACAUUCAUUCAAGACACUUGAGGUGUUCCAGAUGGUGCUGGAUGACCAUCUUAAUGUAGGUGAUAUGGACGACAGCAUGGUUGACCAAAUUCUACUGGACUCUGUGAGCCGGGGCGAAGAUGCAUUCAACCUUGUGGUGAGGCAUUUCAAUAUUGAGCUUCAGCCCGGUCGUGAAGGACAUGAGGAGAUACUGGCUCACGCUGCGAUCCAGGCCAACGCCCCUAUUCUGAAGAGAUUUCUGGAUGCUGGAUUUGAUGUAAACUCCCGCGAGUUAGGUGAUGAUUCUGAUGAUCUCCAGAGGCUGAAUCUUCUGGCCCUGGCUGCAACUGCGCAAGACAACGACGAGGAUAGACGAGCAGUGGACCUUCUUCUGGAGCAUGGUGCAGAUAUUGAGGGUAUAGAUGAGCCAGGCCAAGCAUCGUCCUUGUUUAUGUUGAUAUCCGCGUCUCCUGAAUUCGAGUUGGGGAUCUCGAAAGGUGUGAAGCUUUUCUUAGACUUGGGUGCCAAUCCAUAUUUCACCAACAAAAACGGAGACACUCCUUUGAGCGAAGCUGCACGAGUUAUGGAUCUUGCAGUUGUCAAAGUUCUGAUCGAGUUCUUCGAAAAGCAAGGAGAUGCGGCAUUCAAGCAGAUUAAAGAGUCGGUCGUGCGAGUUGCGUCUACGACCCAAUCACAAACGAUAUCUAGGCUCUUGUGGCGAUACUAUUGGCCACGUGUAUAUCCAUGUUCCUAG